AUUUAUUUAUGUAACAUUACAUUUUAAUUGGAAUCUGUUUUUGGGUUGCCUCAGCAAAAUGCUGAGUGAUUUUAAGUUGAGGUUUUAUUGUGAAGGGCAGAACGGAAGAAGGGAGUGGAUGCGUUGUAGUGUUUGAUGGUGAUAAAUAAAGUUGUUGUUGUUCCUUCUUGGAUCACGCUGGUUCAUACUACGGUCUCCGUGUCAUUAUUUUGUAUAAAUGAUACAGUACAGGCGUGACAAUAAGAGCUCGGUUACAGCAUCAAUUCUUGGCUGAGCUGGGUCCGCUAUUUCCUUGACAGGCGCUACUACUACCAGGAAGACAUAUCUUCAGAUGAUUCCGGCCUGGUUGGACCCUCCACGCUUUGAUCCCAAAGAUUCUCCUUACAGUCACACCAAGUCCAAACAAAUAAGUAGAAGUAAUACUAGUGUGGAUUUGGAGUUUAGAGACACUAAAUACAGUCAUUUGAGUAUAGUCAUUAUGGAAGAGGACCCUGUAGUGAUUGAGUCAGCCACUUACCUAUAUGAGAGGUUCCCCAGGGUAUCAACUCUGCUGAGGUACAAGAAGGGGGUACUGCAUGUUCUCAGAAGAAGCUCUUUCUUUCCUACUAGAAAUCAUGAUGUCAUACUAGUAGGCCAUGGCAGAAAAGGUACUAAUGAAACCGCCCCGCUAGCUGGUCAUGGCUCAGAGGUACUUGCCAGAUAUAUGUCAAUCUUAAACGCUCUAAGAAUCUUUGGUCAUCUUGGCACCAUCAGCAUCAUCAGCUGCAACCUUGGUAAUGACCGAAACUUUAUGUUGCAGUUGCUUCAAGUUCUCCGGUCUCUCAGUGUGGAAACAAAGCUGCACCUGUACAACUCCUUCCUGUCUGUGAGAUCUGAUGGAGAGAUAAUGACUAGAAGUGACGGAGUCUGGAGUUCCCAUGACCUCAGCAGAAAAGUCAUUGCUGAACUAGACCACAGAGGCGACCUGCUGACCAAAGUGGAACUUGGCUGUGCAGGGCCAGUGUCCCCUCAUUAUAAAGGAAGUGUUUUGUAUCUUCAGACAUUUGAGUGGCCAAGAAAUCCUCAAAUGUUUGUUCCAAUGGAACUGCGCAAAAAGUACCCUUUUAUAGACUGCCUUGAGGGGCUUACUUGGAGCUUGUUCUUUGAGGAGAAUGAAAGAAGACGUGCACCUGAUUAUGUCCCAGACCAAGAUCAAAGACACAUGACGGCGAUUUGGCUCAUAGAACCCAGACCCAAAGAAAAAGAAAACAUUGUUUUCAAGCAUAUUGUUAACAUUCAGGAUCUACUUGUGGAGAUAAGAUACAAUGCCAGAGAGGAAGUUGCAUCAGACCUUUACUAUGUACUCAACGAAUGCAUUUACAAAGUACACAGGAAAAAUCUUAGCGCAAAACUCGUAGGGAAGUUCAUGGGCACUGAAAAUCAGGCUGAGAUUGAACGUUUCCGUCAGAAUUUCAAUGAGCAGCAGAGCGAGUCCUCCCUCCAGGAGCUGAGACAGGGUCUCAAAGCGUCAAAGUUCAAUGAUUUCUGUCGACAGACUUUCCAGUUCCAACAGUGUAGUUAUAACUGCGAGAGAUGGGGUCGUUACUUCAUGGCAGCAGUGUUUUCAGCAUCUGUGCGCAACUUCAGAACCUUCUCACUUUUUCUCAUGAGUGUCAUAGGCUGUGAAGUAGGUCGCUCACGUGGGACGGACAGCACCCUGUGCACAGCGUUUGUUGGAGAUGACCACCCCAUGGUUACUGAGCAACCCUGGCCGGAACAUCUGCAACGAGGAUUCUAUGGCUGCACUGUUGACAACUAUGAAAUAGCUCCACAGAACAGACAGAUUUGGUUAGAUCAAGUUGUUGCAAAGGAAAAUGCCCUGUACAUCAAAUCAAAGCAGAUGAUGAAUGCUGUCAACCAUGACGAGCAAACAGAACUAGACAUCUUUGGCCGGGUCAAAGUCAUGAAUAAAUACGUGUUCUCAUCUUAUCUAGAAUUCUUUCGAGGUACACCUGAGGGAAAGAAACUCAAGAGAGGAUGUACUCCCACUUUCCAUGAGAAUUUAAAUCCGUAACGUUGGUGUAACCUGUGAUUCAUCUAGUUUAUAUAAUCUAGUAUUCUGAACGGCCUGAUGAUGUGGUAUUCGGCCAGAUGCUGAUAUAACCCUGAAAUAAAAUGGUUUGCUGGAACUCA